UGAAAAGAGGAACGCCAGCGUGAAAUCGUUGUUUUUCCUGGUGGCAUCGUUACGUUUCAUCGCUAUCUCUUCCGUGAAAGAAGAAAUAAGAAAGAUGGAUAAAUCGCUCGUUAAGAGGUGGCCGCAGUAUUUAGCAGCGAUUACAGCCACCUUAUCAAUGGCAAUGUCGGGCUCUCACAUAGGCUGGACGUCCCCGAUAUUACCAAAAUUGAAAUCUCCAGACUCCCACGUGCUGAUUACCUCGGACGACGCAUCCUGGAUCGCUUCGAUGGCUCUCCUCGGCUCUGUACCUGGCAAUUUCCUCGCAGCUUUCAUCGUAGAUUGGCUGGGCCGUAAAAUUUGCCUCCUGAUAGCAGGAGUACCGUUGACCGUUAGCUGGAUCUUGAUCAUCGUCGCCUGGCACCCUUACGUCCUCUACAUCUCCAGAUUUAUCAGCGGCCUUGGAGUUGGCCUAGCCUACGUCGUUUGCCCUAUGUACAUCGGUGAGAUCGCCGACAAAGAUAUCAGAGGAUCCCUCGGGUCUUUCAUCAAGUUGAUGGUAACUUUCGGCGAAUUGUACUCUCACGCGAUCGGUCCAUUCGUGUCGUACAAUUGUCUAGCUUACAGCUGUGCUGUAAUACCUGUACUGUUCUUCCUGACGUUCACCUGGAUGCCGGAAUCACCUUACUAUCUGUUGAUGAAGAAUCGCGAGACUAAAGCGAUGAGCAGUCUGAAAUGUCUCAAGAGAUACGCGACGGAGGAACAAUUGGAGGAAGACCUGCAACAAAUGCAGAAAACCGUGAUUCGCGAUCUCACCGAUAAAGGACACAUUUGGGAUCUAUUCGAUAUUCCGGGCAACAGAAAGGCUGUGUUGAUCAGUUUCGGUCUUCAAUUGGUCCUGCAAUUCAGCGGCCUGGCUGCUAUAGAGUCUUACACUCAGGAAAUCCUCGAAGAAGCUAACACCAGCUUAUCUGCCGGCGUUGCGGUGAUCGUUUUGAGCGUUCUUCAGUUGGUCGCCGGUGUCGGAGCUGCAGCUUUGGUUGACAACGUGGGAAGAAAACCGUUGCUUCUCGUGACAACUUUGCUGGGAGGGCUGUCUUUGGUCGUAGCUGGAGCAUUUUAUCUGUUGAAAUUCUACAUGUCCGUGGACAUGGCUGGUUUCGGUUGGAUUCUUCAUGCCUCUAUAAUCUUCUACGAGUUGAUUAUGGCGUUAGGAUUGAACCCGUUGUCUUACAUGAUGCUAGGAGAACUUUUCCCGACUAACAUUAAAGGAGUUGCCGUUUCCAUGGCGAAUCUGUGGGCCUCUCUGUUGGCAUUUAUCGUCUCGAAGAUGUAUCAGGUUGUUUCCGAUUCUUGCGGAGUUUACACGUCUUUCGGUUGGUUCGCGGCUAGCUGCUUCCUCGGAAUUAUCUUCAUUAUCUUCAUGGUCCCGGAAACGAAGGGAAAGUCGCUGUUGGAGAUUCAGGAGGAGCUGAAUUGUAAGAAGAAGAAACAGCCGAAGAGUAUGAAAGAAAUUCACGUGAGUACGAUAGUUUAG